AUGAGAGAACCUAAAAAGCUUCAUGUCGCUCUGUUUCCAUGGCUGGCAUUUGGUCAUAUAAUCCCAUUCUUUGAGCUUGCCAAGCACAUAGCCCAAAGGGGUCAUAAGAUCUCCUUCAUAUCUACUCCUAGAAACAUCCAACGAUUACCCAAAAUCCCUUCAAAUUUAGCACCGCGUAUCAAUUUAGUGAGCCUCCCUUUACCCACUGUUGAUCAUCUUCCACAGGAUGCAGAAGCCACCAGUGACCUACCUUCCCAGAAAAUUCCAUACCUCAAGAUUGCCUACGACGGCCUCGAAGGCCCUUUUCUUCAGUUCUUGAAAACAUCUUCUCCUGAUUGGAUCAUUUGCGACUUUGCUCAGCACUGGUUACCUCCCAUUGCUGCUAAUCUUGGGAUCUCGCUUGCCUUCUUUGGUAUUUUAAGUGCAUGGAGUGUAUCUUUCUUUGGAUCAUCAUCGUCUGCCAUGAUUAAGGGUGAGGAUCCACGGUCUCAACCGGAAGAUUUCACUGUAAUCCCUGAGUGGAUCCCUUUUCCUUCCAAGGUCGCUUUUAAGCUCCACGAGGCAAAAAGACUUUUUCAAGCAUGGAAAGAAGAUUCUGCAUGA